AUGGACAAAGAAGUUUCUUUGUUCUGGAGACGCAGGCCUUCCACCGCAUGCGCCAUAUUUUUGGCAAAUCGGUACCUCUGCCUCGUCUAUUCCGUGUACAAUCUACUUUGGGAUCCCAUUAGUGCUUCAUAUUCCGGUAUAAAUGAUAGCGUAUGCGCAGGUUCGAUCAUCCAAUGGUGCAUCUACAGCUUGCAGUACAUCAUCUGGGCAGGGCGAAACCGGGCGUGGGCGAUCCUUGUUCUUCUCUUCUCGUUCACACCAGUGGUUACCUACACGGACUCUGAAGGCAACACUCAGGACAUGUGGAUUCGUCAUCACUGCCCGUAUAUCAAAAUAGCCGUCACCUGGGCAUCCACACGUCGAUAUGGCGAUCGCCUGGAACCCGAGCCCCGUCGUUUUUUCGGGAGGGUCACGCUCCUGUCCAGCGUCUUGCAAAAGCACGUCUCUGAUGCGCUUUCGCGGUGGGCGCCGGGCGGAACGACAACCGCGGUCUUCUUUGAAGACCUCAUGUACGGCGCUUUCAGCAGCUUCACGGCCAUCCUCAUGACACACUUCCUCGUCGACCUGCAAGAGGCCGCAUCCGUCUCCAUGCAUUUCGGCACUCAUUUGCAGUCAGGGUCCUCCGAUGCGUCGGCCUCGAUUAGCGUACUCCGGUUCGUACGCGCAGACGUCGACAACUGGAUCAACGACGAGCUUCAGCGGCUUUCGACGGUCGAUGGCGAGGGAACACGUCAGCUAUCUCACGAUAACGAGUACGCUGAGACGACGGACAGCGUCGGGGAUGUAGAUGGGGCGGAGAGGGAGGAUGUGUGA